AUGGCUCCCAGGUUAUACGGUAAUGAUACCUUCACGCAUCUCGCCAAACUGUGGAGAACAUUGGGUGGAUUCAGCGGUGUCCAGCUACUUUCUGGUCAUAUUCUAUCUGAGAACAAAGAAUUCCUACGUGACCAGGAAAGGGCUUACGCUGACAUCGUCUACAACUUCCAUUUCCUAGAUGAACGAGAAUUGAAAUCACAAUUUGUGCUGAAGGAUGGAGAUAAGACAUCAGGCAUCCACUAUACGGCAUUCACAUCAGAAGGAGCACGGUACUGUCCUUGGAUGAAAAAACAGCUACUAGCCAGUGGUGUUAAGUUUUUCGAGCGAAAAAUUGAAAGUUUAGAUGAGCUGGCGGACGAUGGUUUUCCCAUAGUUGUCAACUGUGCUGGAAUGAAUGGAGCUCAACUUGCUGGCGAUGAUUACGAUCUUUAUCCGACACGUGGAAUUUUGCUGAAAGUUGAUGCUCCAUGGCAAAAACAUUUCCUUAUGCGAAAUACCACCACAUUUACUAUACCCACAGACUCUGCUCAGUUCUGGUCUGGAGUAUUUGAGGCAAUCGAAUAUUUUGUGCUAACUCGCUCAUUCCAACCAGGUGAGGCCCAUCGAGAGUUACCAAAAGUAAUCGGUGGCGUUUACGUUGGCACGGUGAAGGAGGAGCACAAAGACAGUAUGAAGAUCACAAAGGAGGAAAUCGAAAAUCUAUGGGAUCGCUAUCUACAACUACAACCGUCUUUCAAAGAUGUAAAAAUACUUGAUCAUUUUGUUGGUCUCCGUCCUGCUCGAGCAAUGGUACGAGUUGAAGCCGAAACAAGAACGACUCCGUCAGGCAAAACUUACAAGGUGGUGCACAACUAUGGACAUGGAGGCAGCGGUUUUACUCUAGGCUGGGGAACUGCUCUUCAUGCAAGCAGUCUCGUAUUGGAUUUACCUCUUGACAGAUACGAAGGACCAAGAGCAGCUGAAAUGUUGUUGAAGAAGCCUAAACGAAGAGCAGGUUACACUUCUCUAAGAUUAAAUUCUGGAUUGGCACGAUCUCGUCUCUGA